GGGGGCGUGGCGAAGAAUGGCCUGGGCAGCCAAUCAGGAGCGUCCCUUUCUCCUGUGACGUCACGAUCCUCAGAACACUGGGAUCAGCAGCAGUAGCAACAAUAACAGUACCAGAGGGGGACCAUUUCCCUGCGAGUUGGCCAGCUGGGAGCUGCUGCUACUAUCUCUGGCUUCAGGGCAGAACUACAGCCGCCAAAUCGGAAAGCUUUAGAAGGAGAUCAAAAAUAGAAAGCCAUGUCGUCGAGCGGGGCGCCUGGGUUGCACCAAGAGGAAAAUCUGCAGGGUUCUUGGGUGGAACUCCACUUCAGCAGCAAUGGGAAUGGUAACGGUGGCCAGCCUGCAAGCCAGGAACAAGUGCCAGCUUCAGUUUCGAUUUACAAUGGUGACAUGGAGAAAAUCCUCCUGGAUGCCCAGCAUGAGUCUGGGAGGAGCAGUUCACGAGAGAGUUCACACUGUGACAGCCCUCCUCGUUCCCAGACGCCUCAAGACAUUCACAGAACUUCUGAAGUAGAGAGUCGUGGCAGUGGAGAAAAGAAUAGUUUCCAGUCUGAAGAAGAUUUUCUGGAACGAAGGAAGGAAAUUGAACGGCUUUUGAAGAAAAAUUCUGACUGGAUGUGGGACUGGUCCAGCAGACCUGAGAAUAUUCCACCCAAGGAAUUUCUCUUCAAACAUCCUAAGCGUACAGCUGCCCUCAGUAUGAGAAAUACCAGCAUGAUGAAGAAGGGAGGCAUAUUUUCUGCAGAAUUCCUGAAGGUUUUCCUACCUUCACUACUGCUGUCCCAUCUGCUAGCCAUUGGACUCGGGAUAUAUAUCGGAAGACGAUUGACGACCACAGCUUCCAGCAGCUCAUUGUAAGAGUCAGAAAUGAGUCUUGUCUGUUCUGCAAAAUGUUGGCACCAUCCAUCCAGGCAUACAAGAAGCAAUGAACAAAAGGAACUCCUGGGGCGUGCAGCGACUUCAUGGCUAAAUCUAUUUCAUUCUCUAAAUAUCAUCCUCCUGGCCUACUUGUGAAAGAGAAGUAUGAAAACCAAAGUCAAACGGCUCUUGUAUGUACAUCCAUUUUUGUUCUGUAUAGCAUAGGUUAGAUCAAGCGCAAGGAGCAUGUGGCCUUUCAAAUGUUCUUGGACUCCAGGCCCUAGUAGCCAUUGUCAGCCUAGCCAGUGAUGAGGGAUGAUAGCAGUUAUAGUCCAGCACCACUUGGAAGGCCCCAUCUCUGUUUAUAGAUUAGGUUUUUUUUAAUCCUUACCAACUCUGUGGUAAAAAAAAAAUUGUAAUAUUAUUAGUGGAGAUUGUGUAGCACGGAAUUAACCUAUUUGUUUUCUAUUUUGUAAAGACAUUAUUUGGGAUUGCUCUUGGCAUCACUUUAUUGUAAAGAGAAUCGUGGGCCAAGAUUCUUGUGGCCUUACAUUUCUAAAAGACUGUAGUCUUUUUACUUGAUGUGAAGUGAUUUAGUAGACUCAUUGUAAAAUGUAACGUUGAAUGUGAAUCCUAUAUAGUAAUGUUAGAGAUUUCUGUGUUUUAGUAUGGGGUCAUUCCCUUGUGUUUUCAUUGCAUGUUUAGAUCUAGUGCACAAUACUCCAUAACAAGAGUGGAAAUAAAUAAGACUUCAGUAGAACAAUUGCCCACAUUUCCUUAACUUCAGAAAACUUGUUUUGGAGCCUUUCUAGAUUCUCCAAUGCAAUUAUAUGGUAUGCUUCCAACUUACUCACAGUCACUAUUAUCCACAGUUUCAAGUAUCCAUGGAGUGAUCUUGGAACAUAUCCUCAAUCCAUGGUUCUAAAUAGUUCUAAAGUACGAGGGUUGAAUGAAAAGUAAUGCCUCCAUCUUCGUUACUUGGGUUUGGAUGGGAAUAUUUUAAUAAAUCAAAUACAGAAA